AUUUUCCACCAUACAUUUCACAUUAUAUAAGUUUCCUUUUAAAUAUGAUGAUGUAAUAUUUACCAAUUAUUUAUUUAUAAAAAGAUGGUGUUAUUCAAUAUAGAAAUGAAUUGGACAAAUCAAUAAUUAUCAAAAAACAACACAGUUUAUUCAUCAUUGUUACCACGUUACACUUAGCUUCUAAUAGCUAACUGAAAUAAUCAUAUGGAUUUAAUUGUAUUAUUGAAGUGAUUUUAACCAUAGAUAAUUAUGCCAAUUUUUAAUCAUUGUCCAGUUCAAGCUAAAGAUUAUUGUCAAAAUGGUGGAGAAUGCUUUUAUUUAUCCGGAGAUCCAAGUGUGUAUAUGUGCAGCUGUUUUAUGCCAUUCUAUGGACCGCAGUGUGAACAUAAAGCUCCUGGUAAAGAUAAACAAAUUGAAGUUGAAGAAAUACAAAAAAAUAUAAAUCAUCAUGAGAAUCAUGAGAAUAAUGAAGGUUUUAUGAUUAAAAGAUCAGUUGAUCGUGCAAUGACAUUGACUGCAUUAAUAUUCAUUGUGGUCACAUUUUUAGGAAUGUUAAUUUUAGCUUGGUAUAUUUCUAGGCGUAGACGUAAAGAUUAUGCUAGAUGGAGAAAAAUGACCGAGUUAGCAAUGAAGUCAAAUAUCAAAGAGAAAUCUGACAAACAAACACAAAUCACAUUUGAUCAUUCUGAUGAGAAGGAAACUUCUUCAUUAAAUAAAUCUAUUCAUUCCUUGGAUAAUAACAGUCAUUUUGAUUAUGGUUAUCCUGAGGUGGAUAAUGAUAAACAAGAUAUAGAAGCCCAAUUUGAGCAAGCUAAAAACAAUUCAGAGCAUAAUGAUCAUUGUCAAAAACAAAAUGACGAAUAUUCCGAUUUUAAUUUACGAAAUGAAGAAUUAUCAGUUCGGAACACUUCAAAGAUUGUGGAAACAAUCAAAUCUAUUGGUGAACUGAAUACCUGCAAAGAGAAUAACAUAAAUCAAUUCAAUUCUGAUAUAGCUAUAACUUCUAAUACUACUACUGAUAAUAAUGAUUAUAAUAAUAAUAAUGAUGUUACAGAAUUAUCAAAUAGCAAUCAUAAUGAAUUAAGUCAGAAAAAACGAACUAAAAGUAAACGAAUAGCAUCAAACUCAAACAAUCAACUUAUAUCUAAUCAAUCUGUAAUAGAUCGUAAUCAAUUAACUGAUACAUUGAAUGAUAACAUAAUGAAUAAUGAUGAAUAUACAGAUUUGAAAGAAGAAACAAAAGAGAUAGGUGUAAAUGUCAUAAAAAAUUCACACACAACAGAACUAUCAAAGAAAUCCAACAUAACAAUACGAAAUGAUGAAAUUGAUCAUAACUUUGAUCCAUCUAAACGUCUGUCUAUGGAAAAUCAACAUCAUCUUAAUAAAACUUAUGCUCCAAUGAUUAGUAAUACCAUUGGUCGUAAAUUAUCUAAUUCAAAUUAUCCUAUAGCAAAUAUUUUAAGUAAUGCUAUUUUAGAUAGACCAUAUAUUAAUGCUGAUGAAAUUCAUACAUUAUUCGAUCCACAUUCAUCUAAUUCAACAUUGAAUCCUUAUCAUGAUUUAGAAUAUUACAAUCCGAUGAAUACAAAAAUAAGUUCAACUUUACCACGUGAUUAUAAACAAGAAAUAUAUACAACUAAUGUAAAAGAUCGUAAUAAUAAUAAUAAUAGUAAUGGUAACAAUAAUAAUAAUAAUAAUUCUGUCCAUAGAAACCAACCAUCUCGUUAUUUAAAUAAAGAUUACAAGAGUAAUAAAUUAGUUUAUGGACAACAAGAACCAUUUAUUGUAGCAUCACAACAUGAUGCAUUAUUAUCAGAAUUAUUACAUCGAGGUAUGAAUUCAAAUCCUGAAGAAUCACGUCCAAAAAGUACAUUUUAAUAAUAAUGAUACGUAAAGUAAAUCAACGAUACAUCUAAAUACACAUUAGCAUGUACAUGUAUUAAUUAUAUUCAUGUACAUAUUCAUUAUUCAUCAAUAUCAUCUUAAAUGAUUAUCAUCAGUAUCCGUGGAAUUAAACAUUGGAUGAAAAAUUGUGAUAAUAUUAGUAUUAAACAAGUAUAUAAUCAUAAUACUGAUAGAAAUAUUAUCAGGGAUCAAUUUCCAAUUGAAUCAAUCAUUUCUAUCAUUAAAAAAAUUGAUCUCAGUACUACUACUACUACUACCAAUACUACUACUACUACCACUACCACUACUACUACCACUACUAAUACUAAUACUAAUACUACUACUUAUACUAAUACCAAUACUACUACUACUACUACUA